AUGUCUCAAACCCCCUCCCGCUUCCCCCAAUUCUGGGUAUUCUGGGACCUGCCCAUCGAAAUCCGUCUCAAAAUCUGGUCUCAUCUCAUUCUACCCCCUCGAAUCAUCCAGCUAGCCAAACGACCAAACCGCGACAGCGCCCCCCUCGUCUCCCUCACCAAACCACCCAUUCUCUUCUCUAUCAACCACGAAACACGCACUCUCGCCCUCUCGACCUACACUUUCCUUCCCAUUCCACAUAUGCGCAUUCCUGUCUCCUGA